AUUUAUCUGGCUUCAGUACUGAGGGCAGUGUGGAGACUUCACUUUCAACAUGACACCGUUGAAACUGGCUUUGCUGCUCAUAAGCCAAGUGGCUUUGUACGGGAGCGUGACAUCCAAGAAAGUGUGUGGUCGCCCUCCUAUCACAGAUGGCAUCGAUGAGGUGAGACUGAAGCGAGUGUAUGAGGUCGGGGAGGAGGUGACCCUCACAUGUGAACAGGGGUACCUCCCCUCCACCACAACACCUAGGAGGAUCACUUGCACCGGCACAGGAGACUGGACAGCAUCAGACCUGCUCUGCACACCAAAAAUGUGUGCCAUCCCUCGACCCCUGCAGCCCUUAGCAAUGGGGAGGACGGAAGCCCCCUUCAAGAGCAUUCUCAAUUUCACCUGUGAUGACGGAUAUGUAAUGCAAGGAGCCAAUGAAAGUCAUUGCCAACAUGAUGGAACUUGGAGUCACACCCCGCCGCUCUGCAAAGCUGUGAACUGUCCGCUGCCGGUGCCCCCAAGAGAUGGAAAAAUAACCCAUGACAAGACAGUCACCGGAAGCCACACUAUUUAUGGGCAAAGCUGGACGUACGAAUGCAACCCACCAAAGGCCCCGAGCUUCGAAAGAGGAUCCUGCAGGGCCGAUGGAACUGUACCUGAGCCUCCAGUCUGCCGAGAGGUGAGCUGUCCAAUCCCAACAAACAUUCCAAAUGGAUUCAUUACCUUUGCGGUGAUGAGAACGCACAGCUACAAGGAGACGGUGAAGUAUGGCUGCAACGAGAACUACGUUCUGGAUGGGGAGGCUGAAAGGUUGUGCACAAACACAGGAAAUUGGUCUGCUCCACCGGUCUGCAGAGCACCCUGCAAGGUCAACAUCAAACGUGGUCGGAUUUUCUACAACUCUAAGAAGCUCUGGAUCGCAGACUUGAAACCCAACAGAGUUCUUCAUGGGGAACAUGUGGUCUUCUACUGCAUGAACAAAGAAGACAGGUGUGGCUAUCCUGUGGCCAGCACAUGCCAAGAUGGGACUCUGCCCAUCCCACAAUGCUUUGAAGAACCUGGAAAAGUGGAGUACACCCUGAGACCUAAAUCCCUUCCAUCAGAGAUUGCGAUGUGUCAGUCGACCGCCGUAUAAAAACUCUUCAUGCACCCUGGAUCUGCUAUCGAUUGACUCAAUUCAAAUGUUGUGAAUUUUCUGUGACUGUGAAAGUAAUAAAGGAAGUUAAACUAUC